AUGGCUUUGCUGCUUUUAGGCGGGAUUGUUCUCACAGCGUUUAUAGUUAGGGUAAUUUAUGCGCAUUUUUUCUCCCCACUGUCCCAUAUUCCCAGUGCGAGUAUUCUUGCACCGGUUUCCCGCUUACUAUGGGAGUUUCCUACGGAAUAUCGCGGGCAGAUAACACUGGCCCUGCCAGAGCUGCACCGAAAGCUUGGCCCUUUAGUCCGUAUCGGACCCAGUGAGGUAUCGUUCUAUGGGAUAGAUAUCUACAACAAAGUCCAUAAGCCGGCAAGCGCUUUCGUUAAGGAUCCCCGAGUAUAUGGCCAGUUUGUGCAGGAUGGCCACCCGGCUUUAUUUUCGAUUACUGACAAUAAAGAGCACGCGCUUCGUCGUCGGCAUAUGGGCUUGCUUUUCAAUAGGAGCAGGGUACCCGCUCUAACACCGAUGAUGUUAGAGGAGAUCUCUCAUUUCAACGCGCUAUGCCAGUCAUUGAGGGCCAAGGGUGUCCCAAUCGACUUGGUGCCCACCUGUCGCGCUUUGGAGGCUGAUAUCAUCUCGAGGUUUGCCUUUGGGAACGCCAUUGGUGCCAUAGACUCUUUGGCGGUUACUGGCGAGGAGCUCCAGAUCGUCAAACAGAACGAUCUGCAAUCCUCCAAAAUGCCACUGUACACCAACUUUCCUUCUCUAGUCAAGGUUACUGUUCUGAUGUCAACUGUGCUAUUCAAGCUGACUGGCCGGGGGCUCGUUCCUCUUGAGAGCCAGAACCGAUUCGACUGUUGGGCAAAUGAUCAACUAAAAGCUACUCUUGACACUGAGAAUGCUUCCAGCAUGUCGUUCUUAAAGGUUAUGGCGGGCAUCAGAAUCCCGGAACAAUGCGCCUUAUCUGAGGCCAAGGAGAUGCUAGGACCGGGAACUGACACCACCUCUUCUACACUGGCCCAUAUUUUGUGGGCACUUUCGUUGAACCAGUCAUUUAAGAACAGCCUUGUUGCAGACCUGGAAUCUGCGCAAUGGCCGACGGAUAUGUCUGCCCUCGAAUCAAUUCCCAGCCUAGUCGCCUGCGUUAAGGAGGGCGUUCGAUGGACAGGUUCUGCCGCGGCGAUGCUACCGAGAAUUGUACCCAAAGGCGGAGCUGUGCUUGGAGGUAUUCAAGUGCCUCAAGGUACUAUGAUCUCCAGCUCACCGAUUUGGUAUCUCCGGGAUGAAACCGCAUUCCCUGAUCCUGAACGUUACCGGCCAGGAAGAUGGCUAGACCGCGAUGACAAUGAUCAGUUGUCUGUACUGCGGAAUGAGUACUAUGUUCCGUUUUCGAAGGGUGCGAGCUCUUGCGUUGGUAUCCACUUCGCGUAUCUAGAGCUUUAUCUAUCUGUCUCUCAAAUACUCAGGAGAUAUCACAUCCAACCCGCGGAUCCCACCAUGGUGAGUGUCGAUUGCGAAGCUAUUCUACCAUCGCGUCGAGAAUGGGUCAGUGCGGUGCCUACUAGCCCUUUACAUGUGUAUCUCUCAGAGAGGAAUCUAGACAAGUAA